GCUGGACCUGCUAGAUCCAACUCCCCAGCCACCACCAUGUCAUAUUUCCCCUCUCCCACCAAGAGUGAGCUGGACCAGAGUGAACAGUUGUGGAACAGACUUUCUAAAGAGCACAAGGAAGCAGUGGCGCGCCUAGAAGGAGAGGCAGGAAAAGAGCAAGUGUCAUCUUCUGUGCAGGGAGCUCAAAUGGGGCCAAGUACUGUGAGAGUUAAUCUCCAGGAAAAGCACAUGCGUCACUUGGCCGACCUAAAAGUGUAUUAUGAAAGAGAAAUAGAAGAGUUACAGAGGCAGCUGUCAUCUCCGACUGUCCUGGCUUCAAGGUCACCAUACAAGUCACUGGUGGAACAGAACCAAAGACUACAGAGGCAGUGUGAGCAAUAUGAGGCCAAGCUGGCAGAGGGAAAAAGAGAAAUUACUGCACUGGAACAAAAGUUGGAAGCUGUGGAGACCAAAUUACUCGAGUGGAACAGAAAAUAUGAGAAGGCCCAGGAAAGCACCACAACCUUGCAGUUAAAGUAUGACCAGUUGACUGUGUAUGCCAGGCAGCAAGAUGCUUCAGUGCAAGCCCUUACCACUAAGAAUACACAGCUGACUGCUGCUCUAGAGGAGGCAUACAGAUUGCAAGAUAUGAAGAAUAAAAAUUACAAGAGAGAGCAAGAAAUUCUGGAGAAGAUUUUGAAGGAGUAUGAAUCACUGGGAAAGCAGCAUGAGAGAGUAAAGGAGAAUCUUAAUGCAGCUGAAAAUAAUCUUCAUGAUGUCAAGGAGGAAAAUUUAAAACUCAGAAAGUAUGCCUCCAAGCUGGACCUAGAAGUUCAGAGACUGGCCAGAGAAAAUGACCAGUUAAGGAGAAGAGCUAUAUCACCGGUGCUUGGGUUAACACUGUCUAGUUCUGCUAGGAGCUACCCCAGUCCUACAGUCACCCCAAGGACAGAGCCAAGCCCAUAUCUGAUGACCACUGUGUCUGAUAAAGGCAGAUAUCUCAGUGCCUCUCCAGUUAAAAAAUCACAGGAGAAUUCUGACAGACUUUGGCAAGAUGACAGUGAAGCUGGCAGUGAUGAUGGGCGCCCAGUGUCGCCUCUGGUCAAAGCUGAGAGAGAAUUAGAAAAACGUAGACGUGCUGAUAGACAAAAUAGCCAGGUCCUAAACAACAAGAACUCUAGCACAAGCAAUCUUCCAUCUUCCAGUCGCUCAGUGCCAGAAGGAGCAGGGGCCAACGUACUGCAUGAAUCAGAUGGAAAGUCUUCAGGUGUAAAACCUAAAGCUGCACUAGGACCACAACAAAGUGACCCGCGGAGCACCAAUGAGGUUAGAGCGUCCGAAAGUGCCAUUUCUGACACACCAAGGUCAGAGGGGUUCGCACCGUCAAAUUAUGACCUCCUGGAAGUGGAUGUGAACUCUGAGAGACAAAAUGUGUUUGCAAAGCAUACACUGGGACUUGAUAAAGAAAAUGCUAAAAAGAAUCUCAUGAACAAUUUUACGUCUCCAACAGGAGCAGUUGGUAAUACUUUCAGCAGAGGACAGACGUCUGGCAGACACAUACAGAAUGGUUUCAGUGAUAGUGGUAGAAAUUUAAGUAAAAUUUCAAAGGGCAGUCCUUCACCACUUUCACCAGGAUUGGAGAGCUACUUAAGCACAGAAAGGAAACAAGACAGGGUACCAGCCUUGUCUUCUACAGUAUCUGAGAGACAGAAAAUAGUUGCUGAUAUGGAGAAAAGGUUUGAUGAGCUUCUGCUGGAAAAGCGACAAGUAGAGACACAACUCAGUCACCUUCCAUCUACAGGUGGCAGGACUGGUGUGAAAAAUCGCCAUAACAAGGAGGAACUAGAAAAUCAGCUUGACCAAAUUGACCGUGAACUUGGAUCAGUUCGUAUGGCCCUUAAACGAUACAACGUAUUACCAACUCACAGCUGAAUAUGAACUGAACCCAUAUGAAAAUGAACUGGUUCAAUAAGUAAUGUGUAUACAUUGUUAUCCUGUCCAAUUUUUAAUGACCUUUUAUUAUAAAUAGAAAGGUGUGUGUUUUUUAUCUUUACCAGCAUAUCAAGUUUGAUAUUGGAUGAAGAGUUAUAUUUGAUAAACAAAAAAAAGGGUAAAUUUGCAAUUUAUGUCAAAGGCUUGUCCUAAAAGGAUUGAAAUGGUGAUCUAGGAAAACCUUACGAUAAAUGAUAAAUUUAUAUUCAUGACCUUGCAUAUAAAUCUAACCGGAAUCCAUAAGCUGUUUAGAUUGAAACUGCAAAACAUAUGCAGUUUGAGACAUUCGUUUAUUAAGUAAGAAUUUGGUGUUUUUCAAAUCGAGCAAUUCUUGCCUGGUUGUCAAUAUAUUGCCAUGUUACGUUAUUUUUAUGAACACGUCUGAGCAGAUGCUUUUGCAGCACGUUAAUAAAAAUGUUAAAAGUUCAUGAAAGAACUAUUAUAUUAAUAAAAUAU